AUGACUGUAUCCGAGACCGUCAGCAGCCUCGAGAGGAUGCAGCUGAUAUUCAACAAGAUCCAACAGUGCGACUCCAAAGGAUAUUCUGAAUCGCUAGCGGAGGUGAUGGAAAUGCUAACUGCCCAUGAGCUUUCCGAGGAGUUUCUUAGGGUUGUAAACACUGUUCUUGCAUGCAAAAGGCCAAGCAUUCCAUCGAGGAUAUUAAGCUUCCUCAAAAGGAUAUUUGAGGACAUGCCAGAUCUUCCAAAGGGAGAAGAGCUUGUUGCCGGGACGUUUUACUACCUCAUUAGGUUUACCGAGUCGAAGUUCAUGAAGGUGAGGAAAAACUCGCUUUCCAUUCUUAGGCUUUUGUCCGAUGUGGUGCGGCCAGAGGUUGUUGCAAAUGGCCUUCUGGAGAAGAUUUCUGAGAGGCUGUUUGAUAGGGAAAAGGCAGUGAGAAGGGAAGCUCUCAAGGUUCUCUGUUACUACCAAGGAAUGGAGCUGAACCCGAAGGUCAGGAUUGUGAAUCUGUUCAAGGACAUAGUGCGAUACGACCCAAGCGACGAGGUAAGAAGCCUUGCUUUGAGCAUGAUUUCAGUAGAUCCGUCGACCUAUGGAUGUGUGGUUGAAAGAUGCAUGGAUGCCAGCGGAGCAAUAAGGAGGAUGUUCUACGAACACUGUCUUCCGAGGAUUGAUCUGAAGAGCCUUUCGCAGGACAAAAGAAUUCUCCUGAUGGAGAAGGCUGUGCUGGAAAGGGAGUUUGAUGCAAAGGGAUCGCUAGUGGACGCCAUACUCUCCGCAUAUAGGAUUCCUGAGGAGCUGAGGGCUGUGAAUGCGUCCUUCUAUGACAGAUCGAGGCGGAAGUACCUGGAGGCUCUGCUCAAAGGAGUUUUUGAGAAGGUGGGGUGCGAGAAGGAGUUUGCAUAUCUCCUUUCCGAUCCUUCGGAGGAAAACACAUUUUUGUCGAAGACCGAGCUGCUGUAUAUAGAAGAGCUCUUCGGGAGGGACAGCCUGGCCCUACCUGAUCUUGAGAGCUUUGUUUCUGUGAUGUAUCGGUCGUGCACUUCUGUCGUUGAGUUGUCGGAAGAGUCUGAAAGAAAGGCACAGGUCGAGGCAAUGAAGAAUCUGUUUAGAAUUGCCCGGUUUUACGACUUUUUCAACGAGGCAUCAAGAAAGUACAUUCUCAGCACAGUCUAUAAGCUUCUCGCAAAGAACUCUGUGGAGGAGGUGGUGGAGGAGGCGAUGCAGAUUGCAAGCCUUGUUUGUGACGAUGAUCUGAACAACUUCAUAGGAAGCAUCAUAAAGAAGAAUGCAAAGGCAUCUCCAAGAAUGUGUCUGAUGGUGUGCAAGCAUGUUAUGAAGCACAUCCGCCCCCUCAGUCGACUCCAUGAAGCAAUAGUGGAAGAAAUCGUUUUGCCGAAUCUAAGCAGUGGAGAGACUGCGGUGGAAAUACUUGAGGUCGGGUUCUACUACGCCCUGAGCCGGCCACACCAUGCGAUCAUCCAGAGUCUUGUUCACAACAUGGAAGCAAACAGUAUGGCAUUUCAGAUGUGCGUAGAUCUUGUUCUUUCCUCCAGAGACGAGGGACUGUUAGGGGAUGUUCUAAGGCACAUCGAGCAGGGACUGGAGACCAAAGAAAGGGAUGACAUCAUAAUUCCGGGCUCUAAGAUAGCGCUGUCGCAUAGAAUGCCUGAUGACCUCAGAAGUAGGUUCAUUGCAUUUGCACUUGAGAGAUACUACUGUACGCAGGACGACCAUCUUAAGCAGUACUGCAGCAUAUUGUUUUUCGAGCUGUUUUCUGAGGACAGCACCCUCCUCAUCAACAUAUUCUGCAGUGUUCUUGAAGUAUUGCCGUGCUCGCAUAAAGUAUUUAUCGACCAGUCCCUCUACUGGAUAGGAAACAGCAAGUACGCCAAUGGAUCACAGCUGCUUUUCUACAACAUAUGCGUUCGUCUUGCAAGUGAAUACGAGAACGACCAGACUGGAAAAACCCUGGUCAAGGUUCUUGAAAGAAUAGAGGUCUUAAGGUGCUGGGAUCCAAGGAUGACUAAGAAGAUCCUGUUCUGUUGCUCCUCGGUGGCAAGAAAGCAUGGGAGCAGGCUCAGCAUAGGAGAGGUGAUAAGAAGACUGAUGGAAAUAGAUGAUGGAGAUCCUAUUUCUCAGGAAGAUCUGUGCGAUGUAAAGAAGGAUCUAGAGAAUUAA